UAAUCCUUCAUCGUUAUAAUAUUUUUCCAAGUAGUACUACCACUUUCAGUUUGACUUUCUAUCAGCACCACUGUUCUUCUUGUACAGUGCGGUUUUUUUUGGGCUUCGAAAAACGUCAUCACGUUUCUCUUGCUCUGAAAUGAAAAUAAUGCUAUUCAUACUCCGCCCCUCCCUGUGAAGCGGAAGGAUGCUGGCAUUCUUGAUUUGCACAGGCAACCGACCACACCAAGGACCUUCAUCCUCCCCGUCUGGCGGGGGAGGAGUCUUCGAAGGGGACAACCUCAUAACCAAGGACCUGGCCCAAAUGCUUGGGAUUCGCGGGAGGCGAGUAAACAUUUUGGGACAGGACAUGCAGCUGAUUUACGCCUUGUUGCUAGGACUGGUGGUGGUACUUUAUGUCAUGGGGCAGACCGAAAUACUUCGCAUCUCGGCUUUCAUCUGUCUGGGCUAUUUUCUUUACCAGUCUUUCACGAAGAACACGACGGGGCAAAACAUCGGGGGAGGCGGAAUUUCCUCCACUGGAGCGGGGGGAUUCGGUGGUGGCGGUGGUGGAGGAGGAGGAGGAGGAGGUAGCAGUAGCAAGUUCACCGGGGGCGAUUCGCGUGCGGGCGGUGGCCAAUACCGUCCGCCGGGACGAUGAAGACCAGCCCGCUGACCGCGUCGAGGUCGAAACAAAAGCAGCAGACCCGGGUGCGCACUGCAUGCUCAUCUGGCGGCAACCCUGACUAGUACUUGCUCCUCAAGCAAGGUACUUUGCUCCUCCUUUUCCAAGAAACGAAACCGCACCACGUGGAAGAAUCUUUGUCUCACAGUCGAACGAGUUGUGUGCGUGCGGAAAUCCUCUCGUGCUAGCGAGGACUUGUGGAUAUAUUACGAUAAUUACCUGUACUAU